UCUUAUUGUGGCUCUCAAUCUGAUAAAAUAUCGUGUGAAAAUGUCUCUGAGGAUCUGGGUGUGGAAGAGAUGACUGAAUCUCCCAUUACUGAGAUCAGUGUGCAUAAAGACUAUGUGGUUUGGCCUUCCCUGCCUCAUAUUAUGCCACUUGAGGAGGGAUCCCUGGAAGGAGGAGAAAACUGUAGUGUGUAUACAGUUGAAUCUCCCUCUGGAUGUCCAAUUCAUGACAACAUGAGUCAAGAAGAGGAGGCCCCACGCAGAAUGAGGAAGCGCAAUCUGGAAGGUUUGCUAAAGGAAGAUGAAAAGGUGAAGCUCCAAGUUGGAGUGAAGAGGUUGGCUCACGCGGCUGCUGCGCUGGUGGACAGAUCUCAUCCUCGAGGCAGGCCACUCUUAGGAGACAGAGAUGGGAUCCAGAUUGGCUAGAAGUUCAGCGCUCGAUCCUUUUGCUCGCUGUUCCCCACUGGGGUUUGAUGCCCGCUGGGUUUAUGUCUUCUGGCAGUAGUUCGCUUAGUCGCAGACGUUUACCAACAUAUCUUAUCCUGGGUCUUUUGUUUCGUUGGGCUGUGGCUUGUGAGUGUCAUCAGGUUUUCGCCCCAUGGCGGAUGGUCCGUUCCAGGAUCGUCCUGCGGUGGGUUUCCUGAUGAUACACCAACUCGCUCCCCCCUUUUUAGUUUCAUUAGCUCUCAAAAAACAGGAGGCGGUAUCUUCCAUUCUGUUAGUGGUUAGUGGCAAGGUUGUCAGAAUCGCGAUUUUGUUAUACGAUUCUACGACUUUACGAUCCAAACUAACUCCUAUGAUUCUACGAUUUUAGUUCAUAGAAUCUACGUUUCUACGAUCCUGAUAGUGAAGAUUUUACGAUUUGCGAUCUUACCAUCAGAGCUCCGAUCCGAUUCAAAAUCGCGAUUCUGACA